UCAGGGACUUCCUGCUGUCACGACUGGGGAUUAGCCCAGAGAGCUCUCAGGGAGAAAGCCGGAUUCUGCCAGGCUCUGCUGAAUGGGCCACCUCCUUGUGUUUGGGACACAUGAUUUUUUGAGAGUCCCUAUGCUGAGGCUGUGUUUUCUUAUCAGUUUGUUGUGCUUGGCGAAAUCAGACACGGAUGAAGCAUGCCCAUCCUUCACCAGACUGAGCUUCCACAGUGCAGUGGUUGGUACAGGAUUAAAUGUGAGACUGAUGCUCUACACACAGAGAAACCAGAUCUGUGCACAACUCAUCAACUCCACAGCUCUGGGGAGCUUAAAUGUGACCAAGACAACCACCUUCAUCAUCCAUGGCUUCCGGCCAACAGGCUCCCCUCCAGUUUGGAUGGAAGAGUUGGUACAGAGUUUGCUCAAUGUACAAGAGAUGAACGUGGUGGUUGUUGAUUGGAAUCGAGGAGCGACGACCGUGAUAUACACCCACGCCUCAGGCAAGACCAGAAAAGUAGCUCUUAUUUUGAAGGAAUUUAUCGACGAGAUGUUGGCCAAAGGAGCUUCUCUGGACAACAUUUAUAUGAUUGGAGUGAGUCUAGGAGCACACAUAUCUGGAUUUGUUGGAGAAAUGUACGCUGGGAAGCUGGGGAGAAUCACAGGUCUUGACCCUGCGGGCCCUUUGUUCAAUGGGAGACCUGCCGAGGACAGAUUAGAUCCCAGCGAUGCACAGUUCGUGGACGUCAUCCAUUCUGACACUGACGCACUGGGCUACAAGGAACCGCUAGGACACAUAGACUUCUACCCGAAUGGAGGACUGGAUCAACCGGGCUGCCCAAAGACAAUAUUUGGAGGCAUGAAGUACUUCAAGUGUGACCACCAGAUGUCUGUGUUCCUGUACAUCGCAUCCCUGCAAAACAACUGUUCCAUCAGUGCCUACCCCUGCGACUCCUAUCGGGACUAUAGGAACGGCAAGUGUGUCAGCUGUGGCGUUGGACAAGCAGUGCCCUGUCCCCUCCUGGGCUACUAUGCCGACAAUUGGAAAGACUAUUUACUGGACAAAGACCCCCCGAUGACGAAGGCAUUCUUCGACACAGCUGAGAAAAAACCAUUCUGCAUGUAUCAUUACUUUGUGGACAUUGUGUCUUGGAACAAGAAUGUAAGAAGAGGGUUCAUCACAAUCAAACUGAGAAGUGAAGAUGGAAAUGUCACAGAAUCCAAAAUUGAUCACGAACCAUCAACGUUUCAGAAAUACCAUCAAGUGAGUCUACUUGCAAGAUUUAAUCAAGACCUGGAUAAAGUGGCAGAAAUGUCCUUGUUGUUCUCCACAGGGUCUGUAGUAGGUCCAAAGUACAAGCUCAGGGUCCUGCGAAUGAAGCUGAGGUCCCUGGCCCAUCCAGACAGGCCUCACUUGUGUCGCUAUGAUCUCGUCCUCAUGGAAAAUGUUGAGACGUUCUUCCGACCUAUUCUGUGCUCAAAGUAGCUCCUGUCAGGACGCAAGGACAGAGGUGACACCAGGAUCUCUACAGCUACAGGCCCUUCAUGCCUCACUCCUACUUCACCCUGAAGGCUCUAAAAGCACGGAAAAAAAAAAAAAAAGCCCAAGGUUAUUUUCGGCAGUAUCCCACGGAUGUCACAUCACAAAAUGUCAAACGACCUGUGAUUAUGAAACAGCACCAGGAGGAGAGCCCCUAACUAGGGCAAGACAGAAAUAACUGGGCUACCGGCAGCAGAGCGCGCUUCGUCAGCCACGUCCUGGGGCCUCGCGUGUCCCCAACUGUCAGCUCUGCUGCCUGUCACAUUACACCCUCAGGGCCAGGGGUCAGCCAUGUUGGGAGUGAAGGCCUGAGGCCUCGCUGGGUUUCUGUGCACCCGAUCCUCCACCACCCUGGCAUGAAGAGGAGAACAAGUCGGACUACCUCAUGGGAAGUGUGGGUUGGGAAGGCCAGUCUGGGAAGGCUUUGUGAAAUCCCUUGAGUCCAUAAUGUGAAUGUGCUUUUAUUUCGAUAUGGCUUAGCUCUCAUGUGUAGAUGCGCAACCUCUCCUUUUCAGCACCAAUUUCCCUGCUAGCUCUGCAGUGCCAAGGAGGCUCCGGCUUCCAGCCUUUUCUGAAGUGAUGCUGAUGGCCAGAGAUAGUGGGAUGGGCUCAGGGCCCUGAGGUCUGUACUGAGACCAGGGACUAAGUGGAAGGAAGGAGGAGGAGAAACAGGAGCAGCAUCGCUCAUGGACCGGGCAGAGAGAGAGUCUGGAGAGAAUCGGGCUUGCUUUCACUGAAGUUGCCAAAGUGUCGGUUACAGGACAGUUUUUCUGUUCUGGGAUUGAGCGUGCUAGGUGCUGUGAGCCCUCUUCUCAGCCCCAGACAACAUUAUUUAAAGCAAUCCUUAAGAAUGUUUAUUUUUUUCCUGCCUACUCAUUAAUCCAUAAUUAUGCUAAGAAAUUCUUUAAGGUGCCGAGAUGGAAAAUAAAAAUAAACUGUGCACAAUCCCA